AGGGCCAGGCGAACAAAUGGGUUAAGAACAUGGAGAAGGCUAACAAUCUGCAUGUUGUGAAGCAAUCUGACGGAGACUUUGUGCGCACUCUAGAGAACUGCAUACAGUUUGGUACCCCUGUCCUACUAGAGAAUAUUGGAGAGGAGCUAGAUCCUGUGUUGGAACCUCUCCUGCUCAAACAAACGUUUAAGCAGGGCGGCAGCAUCUGCAUUAAAAUAGGAGACUCAACCAUCGAGUAUUCACCCGAUUUCCGGUUCUACAUGACAACAAAGCUGAGAAACCCACACUACCUACCAGAAACAGCAGUGAAGGUGACCUUGUUAAACUUCAUGAUCACUCCAGACGGACUUGGUGAUCAGCUGUUAGGGAUCGUGGUGGCCAGAGAGAGGCCUGAGUUAGAAGAAGAGAAAAGUGCACUUAUUAUACAGAGUGCUGAUAAUAAAAG